AUGGGGUUUGCCUUCAAUGCCGGCGACAAAAUAACGCCUCGCGAGGUAUUCAACAGCAAGCUGUUCUUGGUCAUUCUGGUGGCCAGCUGUGGCUCGAUCAUUUUUGGCUAUGACUUAGCAUUCAUCGGGGGGGGAUUCGAUCUUGACGGCCAGGACUCCUCGGCUAUCCAGGCUCACAUGGUGAAUAGCUUUCAAGGAGGCGCAUUCUUUGGCGUCAUGGUGGCUUACGUCGUGAAUGAAAGGUUCGGUCGGAGAUUUGCCCUCCUCUGGGGAUCUAUAAUUUUCAACAUCGGAGUUAUACUAUGCAUGGCCUCUCUGGGAAAUAUUCCCUUGUUCUAUGUCGGGCGCAUCAUCAGCGGCUUGGGUGUUGGAGCUACCACAUUUGCAGUGCCUCAGUAUCUUUCCGAGUGCGCCCCUGCUUGUGCCCGAGGAGGCAUAUUCGAAAUUGGCACUCAAGUUGGCACAAUCACUGGGUUCUGGAUAAACUACGGGGUCCAGCAAACAAUUGACCCAAUUGGAGACAAGCAAUGGUUUAUUCCCAUCGCAUUCCAGUUCAUUCCAUCUGGUCUCAUGGCUGUUGGAUUGUUUAUGCUCUCCGAAAGUCCCCGUUGGCUUUUCUCCAAACACCGAAACGCCGAGGCCGUGAAAGCACUAACUUGGCUGCGUCAAUUGCCCGCGGAGCACCCAUACGUGGCCAACGAACUGGAAGAUUAUAGGAAACAAUUGGAGCAUGAGGCAGAUCUGGCUCCAGAUGAAAGUUUCCGGGCUAUUGUGAAAGAAACCUUUAGCCCCAGGAUACUCCCUCGGGUUAUCCAUGGGUGCUUAUUGAUGAUUUUCCAGAACAGCACGGGCAUCAACGCUAUGAAUAACUUCUCAGUCUCCUUCUUUGCUACUCUUGGCUUCCACGGAACGUCUGUCAAACUGCUGUCUACUGGGAUCUACGGAAUCGUGAAAGGUGUCGCAGCUACCAUCACAUUCCUGUUCCUUGUCGACCGCUUCGGACGCCGCGCUCUUCUUUUUGCGGGCUCGGUCAUGUGUGCAUUUUCUAUGUAUUAUGUUGCAGCCUUCUCGGCCAUCACCGAUUCUUUCCACUCGUCACAAGAACCUGGUUCUGCCAGCUACUCCGCCGUUGCUUUUAUCUACAUAUUUGGAGCCGGCUAUUCUGUUGGUUGGAAUAUUCCCUGGAUUGUAGCCUCGGAGAUCUUUCCCACUCGAAUUCGCUCUUUCUGUCUCGUCCUCACAACUUGCUCGCACUGGCUGGGCGAAUUUUACACUUCAUAUGCCGUGACAUAUAUGUUUGCGAGCAUAACGUAUGGGACAUUUCUCUUCUUUGGAUCCAUGACAGUGUUAGGAGGCGUUUAUGUGUACCUUUUUCUACCAGAAACCAAAGGUAUUCCGUUGGAGAAAAUGGAUGAUCUAUUUGGCGAGAAGGGGUUUGCGAUACAGAAAAUGAGACGGUUUAAGGAGUCCCAGAGACAAUUGGCGGUUAUUGAAGGACGGGAGGAGGCAUUGAAAGAGGUGGAUUUAUCAGUCAAGGAGAAUUCAAUGUACUAG